AUGUGUGAGGGCCGUGCUCUCAAGUCGGAUUAUGCCAAUAUCAAAACCUGCUUUGCGGGCGGACGUCCUGAUAAUCAACUGGAGAAGGCUUUGCCAAAAAUUAAAUGCAGCAUUGCGCCCUUACUCUACAGCAUAUAUUUUGACCGGGUCGUUCGUGAUUGCCCUGACGAGAGCGAGGCGCAGCACAUCACUGUCCGCGCCAUGAUUAAUGAGGCGACAUUCUAUGCGAACUGGCCCCAGAAAGGUCCGGUCGAUCCACGCUGCUACAAUCAGUCUGGCGAGGUAUUCGUCGGCGUGGGCGGGGAGAAAGAAGCCGCUCUGGUUGGCUUGGGUCUAAAGAAGCUGCGUUCCAGGGACAAGGAUCGACUCUACGAGGCCAAGCGAUACGCCAUGGACAUUUCGAUUCGACAGAUUAUGCUCCAGCAACAGCAGGCCCAUCAGCAGAAUCAACAAAAGCAGCACAUGUACGCACAAGCGUUGGCGCUGAUGGCCCGAGUAUAUGUUGGCUCGAUUUCUUUUGAGGUAACCGAAGACAAGCUGCGCCAAAUCAUGAGCCCGUUCGGGCCGAUCAAGACGCUGAACAUGAGUUGGGAUACGAGUACGGGGCACCACAAGGGCUACGCGUUCCUCGAGUUCGACGUGCCCGAGGCCGCCCAGCUGGCCCAGGAUUCGAUGAACGGCGUGCUGAUGGGCGGGCGGAAUCUUAAGCUCGGGCGCUCGUCGGCCGCCACCCCGCAAGCCCAGCCCAUCAUCGACAUGAUCCAAGUAUACGUCGCAUCGAUUCAUCCUGAUCUCUCUGAAGCUGAUGUCAAAAGCGUGUUCGAGGCGUUCGGGGAGAUUGUCAGUUGCCGAUUGGCCCGUAACAAUUUCAAGGGUGGCCACAGGGUUUUCCUACGACGAAAUACUUGCCUAGUAAUU